AAUCAUCUGGCCAGAUUCCCCUCUGAUCACGCGCUGGAUUUACAAUUCCGAGCAGCUGCUUAAAAAAUAACUUGGAGCGAAAGUAACCGUCGCCAUGGGGCAACACGGCGCCAACACUGCCUUGUUGUUUAGUAAUUUUAAGGUGAGAGAAAAGCAAGGUGAACAUUCGAGCUAGACAAACAGCUGGAAAUGAGUUUGAGGAGCUGAAAAGAUGUUAAGUCGGACUCGUAUUUAUGAAGAGAGGAAUGAGAGGAUCAGCCACACAUUCGUGGCUCAACUGUUACCAACUUCUUCUGCGUGGAUGGAGGAAUGACUGUCUUUUACAAGUUGCGAGAAUAACUUUUUAAACCUCGAAAUACGAGUUGGUCCGGGAUGCCAGAAAACAUCGCCUUUUUGACGAACAGCACAGAUUUGGGGCACGUCGGUCGCGCGUUGGGUUCGAGCGCGCGCCCCGCCUGGGCGAUAGCGGUGCUGGCCAGCGUGCUGAUCUUCACCACUGUGGUGGAUGUUUUGGGUAACCUGUUAGUCAUAAUCUCGGUGUUCAGGAAUCGUAAACUGAGAAAUGCGGGCAACGUGUUUGUGGUCAGUCUGGCCUUCGCUGACCUGGUGGUGGCUUUCUAUCCAUACCCGCUGGUGCUGUACGCCAUCUUCCACGAUGGCUGGUCUCUGGGGGAAACGCAGUGUAAAAUCAGCGGCUUCCUAAUGGGCCUGAGUGUGAUCGGCUCUGUAUUCAACAUCACAGGCAUCGCCAUUAACCGCUACUGCUACAUCUGCCACAGCUUUGCCUACGGACGUCUGUACAGCUUCCGAAACACACUGCUGCUCGUGGCUCUGAUCUGGGCGCUUACCGUACUUGCAAUUCUGCCCAAUUUCUUUGUGGGUUCGCUGAGUUACGACCCUCGAGUUUACUCCUGCACGUUCACACAGACUGCCAGCAGCUCCUACACUGUGGUGGUGGUAGUGGUUCACUUUCUAGUGCCCAUCGCUGUGGUGACCUUCUGCUACCUGCGGAUUUGGGUUCUGGUGAUCCAGGUGAGGAGGAAGGUGAAAAGCGAGGAACGUUCGAGGGUCAGGCCCAGCGACCUGCGCAACUUUGUCACCAUGUUCGUGGUGUUUGUUUUGUUUGCCAUCUGCUGGGCCCCGCUCAAUCUCAUCGGUUUGGUGGUGGCCAUCAAUCCAGAGGUCAUGGCUCCACGUGUUCCAGAAUGGUUGUUUGUCGUAAGCUACUUUAUGGCUUAUUUUAACAGCUGCCUCAAUGCUAUCAUUUAUGGCCUCCUGAACAGGAACUUCCGGAAGGAGUAUGUUCGGAUCAUGACGGCGGUGUGGAUUCCUCGGAGGUUUGUGACUGAGACCUCCAGGGCUGCCACUGACGGGAUGAGGAGCAAACCCUCACCGGCCAUCAAUAAUAAUGAGUGACUUU